AUGGCCCUUCGAUUUGCUCUGAUCGCCAGUCUGUGCGUGGCCGCCGCCUUCGCCGCCAAUCCCUGGGAACCCGAAGCUCGAGAUGCCAAUUGGCUGAAGCACCACGAGCAGCUGCUCAACCAAACCAAGCACCAUGCCAGUGAAAUUCAGGUUGUUUUUUUCGGCGACUCAAUCACGCAGGGAUGGGGAGGAAAUGGCAAACACGUGUGGCAGGAGCAUUACCAGAACCGACACUCCUACAACUACGGCAUUGGUGGCGAUCGAACUGAGCACCUGCUCUACCGAAUUGCUCACGGUGAAUUUGAUGGUCUCAAGCCGAAGCUGAUUGUUCUGAUGAUCGGAACGAACAACAUCUCGCACAAGAACAACGCCGCCGACACUGCCAAGGGCAUUCACGCCAUCCUCGACGCCCUCCACAUGAAGGUGCCCAACGCCAAG